CAUCACAGUUGAACCGUAAACAGAACAAAGUCAUUAAACUCCAUGACAACCAUACUGUAGAACACAUCGUUGUCAUGGAGACAUUAUGACAUCACAAUCGGUGCCUAUAAAACGCUCAGCCAGAUGAAACUGGUAUCAUUUGACUGAUCUGAACGCUUGCCUUUGGUUGACUCCGAACGCUACUGUACAGAUUUUCAAGUGAAUUUGCAGACUUUCAAAUAGUUCGCAACUUUAAACUGCUUGACGCACUGUGUACGGACAGACAGUUUACUUAGAUUUCAACCCUCUGUGAACCGAGUCUAAGCACAGUUAAGUCUGCAGUUAUCUUUUCACAUCAUGUUUCGUCCUGUAACACCAUUGUCCGACAAGGACAUGGAAGGAGCUGAUGUUGAAAAUAUGGAUUUUAAUCUGCCGAAUGCUGUGCCGAACUUUGACUAUGUCCCUGAUUUCGGACUUUCGUCACAAGUCGGGCGCGCUGCCGGUUCUUUAAAUCCAUUUGAAGGAGAAGAGGAGGAGGAGGAGAUGGUGGAUGUUUAUCCAACACAUGAGGCGAAACGCCAAAAAGUGUUGGGAUGGAGAUGUGAUGAUGGUGGAAUGGAUUUUGUCCUACCAAGUGCGGUCCCUGACAUUGUCCCGAACAACGGACAUUUGUUAGACAGACGCGCCGGGAGUUCACAUCCACGAGGAGGAGUAAAGGAGUUUACUCCUGCAUUUGAGGAGGCGAACAGCCCCACAGAAAAAUGCGAGAAUAAAGUCUUGAAAUCAUUAAAGAAGGCAUGGAAGACUGUAAGGCGCCCAUUCCUUCAUAAUGAUAAAGUGGAAACACUGAUUCCUUCAGAGCUUAAUGCAGAUUCAGAUAAUCCUAAUGUAAAGGAUGGUGCUGGUCUGGCCAGCUCUGAAUUAAACAAUAAGAUCAAACCGGAAAAACAACGAAUGGCAUUCUUUGACUGUCUCCGGAGGGGCAAGGUGGAGUCAGUGCCGACUCCCCUGCUUAAAGCGGAUCCAGCUAUUCCUGAUGUUAGGGAAGUUGUUGAUCCUGCAUCACAGUCAAAGACCUACGUUGAUCCGAAGAAACAGAAACAAAAGGCUUCAAAGAGCCGCAAAUCUAACCUCCAGGGAGAAAAAGUGACUGUUGUGCCAACUCAACAGCCCAAGGCUAUUUCAGAUAUUCCUGUUGGCAUGGAUGUUCCUGCUCUGGCCGGCCCCCAAUCAAAACCAAAGAUUCGUCCGGAUAAACGCAUGACAUUGACGCAACGCUUCUUUGGAUGCUUCCGGAGGGGCAAAGUGGAGUCGAUGCCGACUUCACAGAUUGAGGCCGAUCCAGCUAUCCCUGAUGCCAGGGAAGUUGUUGAUCUGGCAGAUUUUCAAUCGAAGAGUGUUGGCUUAAAGAAACAAAAACAAAAGGCUUCAAAGAGCCGCUCAUUUCACAACCCUUGGAGUAAAAAAGGGAAGAGUAAAGUGAAAAAAGAUGCCGAUCCAGCUAUUCCUGAUGCCAUGGAUGGUGCGGAUCUGGCCAGUUUUGGUGGCAUCGCUGCAGCCAAUGCCAGGCUACAGACGUUAGGUGCCAUCCCAGAGAAUAUUGGGUCAAAAGAUGUUGGAAAUCUUGAGGCAAAAGGUGGUAAAAAUCCCAGGCCAAAAGCUUUUGGAAAUCUCAGACUUCCUUGGUUUUUUAAUGCAAAAAUAACUAAAAAUCCUGGACCAAAAGAAGAAGGAAAUCCUGGACCAAAAGAAGAAGGAAAUCCUGGACCAAAAGAAGAAGGAAAUCCUGAAGCAAAAGCCCUUGAAAAUCCCAGAAAUCCCUUGUCAGAAGAUGAUAAAGUUGUCAGGCCAAAAGUUAUAGAUGUUGUUCAACAAGCUUCUGAACCGCCAAGCGAGAAGAAACCAGCUGAUCCCUCAGUGCCUAAAGAGCCUUUAUAUUGUAAAUAUCAAUUCUUGGGGGAUGAAGUGCUUGGGAAAGGUUGCUUUGGCAAAGUGUGCAAAGGGAUCCGUAUAUCGGAUGACACUCCGGUUGCCAUCAAGCAAAUAAGCAAACGAAAGAAUGAAAGGACUCUUCAGAUUCCUGGAUACCCCAAACCACUUAUUACAGAAGUGGCGCUGAUGCUUAAGUUAGGAGAAGCGCCCUCAUGCCCCAAUGUCAUACAGAUGUAUGACUGGUACGAGACUAAACACUUUUACACGCUCGUGUUGGAGUACCCACUGCACAGCCAAUCCUUGUUGCAUUUUGUUACAAAUCAUGGAAGACUAAGUGAAAAUACAGCAAGACAUCUCAUGCGUCAGGCGGUACUGGCAGUGCAACACUGUCUGGAUAAUGGAGUUUUCCACACCGACAUCCAUCCCGGAAACUUCUUAGUGCAGCAAUCUACAAUGAGCCUGAAGUUAAUUGACUUUGGGGCUGGACAUUAUCUGACGCAUGAUGAUGUCUGUGAUUCCUGUGACUUUAGGGGAGCUCUAUGUUGCACCCCACCUGAGAUCUACACGGUUCAGAAAUUCCACGCCGUGCCAGCAAACGUCUGGGCCUUAGGUUCUGUGCUGUACUUCAUGGUGCUUGCAUCUUUCCCAAGUGCUUUAUACGAAUUUAAUUCCAGGAAUCUGAAGACAAUUGAGAAGGAUUUAUCAAAGGAAAUCUGUGAUCUGUUAAGUGGUUGCCUGGCCCUGAAUCCAAGUGAUCGUCCGACGCUCAAGCAGAUCUUAGAUCAUGACUGGUUUAAAACUGAGUCUGAUGAAGAAGAGCUACUCGUAUACAAAAUGAGGGCACUAUCCACAGAAAAUAAAAAGGAUGAAGCUGAAUGACUGAAGAAAAGGGGAAUGAUUGGAGAUGCUGUUUUCAUCAUCCUGAGACAUAUGGAGUUUGCUAAUCAUGUUUACGGAUAAAUAAGUUUCUAUAACCAUAAAGCGAGAAUAGCACAGACAUUAAAAGGGCCACAAUUUCUCAGGAGGAACUCAUUUUUGCACACUUUCUGCAUAAUGUUUUAUUUCAGCCUCAGUCGUCAUGACCACAGACCGCUGGCUGAAUGUCUGAUGCAGAUCCUGUCUCAUCCUUGAACACAUUAAAAAAAAAUGUUUUAAUUCUUAAAGUGACACCAUGUAAUUUUUCAACCUUCAUAAUAAAUUUUCAAGACCCUUGUGAUAGUACAUCGACUUUAAAUAGGUUGAAUGACAUGUCUACCAUAGCCUGACGGGGUCUGUAUCACUUUUACUCGUAUUUUAAAACUUAGGGUUUCUGGUAGUAACCAGAGCACAAAAAAAACUACAAAAUUCGACUGCUUUACGGCAUACGUCACUUCCGCCACACAAUUUGUUUUUAACGUGAAUUUUGCUGGAGGCUUACUUAAGGAAUGUAGAGAGCAGCUUAUAUUAUGUGACUCUGUGGCACAGUCUUUAGCGUCACGGACCUAUGACACGGGGGACCAGGGUUCGAUUCCCCUUUAAGGCAAUUUUUUAUAUAAACUCUUGAUUCAUACAUAAAUGCGAUGUUCUUUAUAAAUGACGGCGAUUAUCUUGCAUAUAGUUCCCUGUAUUCACAUGCGGUGUUCGCAUAUUUACCUUUCUUUUACUGUGUCUAUGAUAUUUACAUUACAAUCCAGGAUGCAAUAGCAGUCAAACUUGCUCAAACUCACACAGUGUAAAACCAAACCCUAUUCAUUCACCAAUCAGAUCCAAGCGUUUCUCUCUUCCUCAUUUGCUGCGUUCCGCUGUCACUCACGUGACGUAUUACAAAGCGGCAGCCUUUAGGUCUGCUUGGACCACAUCGGUUUACUUGAAUAAAUAAAUAUCCUGAUUUAAUGAUUAAAAGAUGUCCUUCUGAUGAAGCGUUGGAUGUAGAUUUUACUAUGUAUGAACUAAAGAUGGCACUAGGGGGAGUUAAACAUUCAUCGCCUGGAAAAGAUGAUAUAUGUUAUAUUAUGAUUCAACAUCUAUCAGAUAGGUCUUUAAAGAUUAUUCUUAAUCUUUUUAAUAAGAUAUGGAAUGCAGGAAAGAUUCCUUCCUCUUGGAAGCAUGGAAUAGUUGUACCUGUUGGCAAACCUGGAAAGGAUAAAUCUAAUCCUAUUAAUUAUAGGCCAAUUGCUUUAACCUUUAAUUUAUGCAAGUUGAUGGAAAAAAUGAUCAUACGUAGGCUAAAUUAUAUAUUGGAAAUAAAAGGUCUGUUAUCACCAUAUCAGAAUGGAUUUAGGGCAGGACGGAAUACUAUGGACGCUGUUUUGAGUUUAGAAGCAGAUGUUAGGAAAGCUCAGGCAAAUAAAGAAGUUUUGAUAGGGGUUUUAUUUGAUAUUGAGAAAGCAUAUGAUAUGCUUUGGAAAGAAGGACUUUUAAUUAAACUUAAAUGUAUGGGAAUUGGAGGAAAGAUGUACAAUUGGAUUAUGGAUUUCCUUCUAGAAAGAACUAUACAAGUUAGAAUAGGAUUAGAGUAUUCAGCGACUUAUAGGAUUGAUAAUGGAACUCCGCAAGGGAGUGUAUGUAGCCCAGUAUUUUUUAAUAUAAUGAUUAAUGAUAUUUUUAGUAACAUUGAGAAUGACAUUGGAAGGGCAUUAUUUGCAGAUGAUGGGGCAAUAUGGAAAAGAGGGCGUAAUAUUGCAUGUGUGUCCCAAAAGUUACAAAAAUCUGUAGAUAAAGUGGAGAUAUGGGCAAAUAAUUGGAGUUUUAGAUUGUCUGUGGCUAAAACUCAGGUUAUAUGUUUUACUAAAGGGAAGAAAGUACCUGAAGUUAGAUUAAAGUUGUACAAUCAGGAGCUGGAGCAAGUCCCGGUGGUUAAAUAUCUUGGUGUAUGGAUGGAUUCUAGAUUGACA